CUCAUUUUCUCACCUAUAAAUUCCCACUCCAUUUCGUCCCCUUUUUCCAAUUCUGCAAUCUCCAAACCCACAUCCAUCUCUCCGCAUCUUUCUCCUCUUUCCUACCCAUUUUCCCAUGGCAGAAGAAUUCCAAGAAUCCGAUGUCAUUUUCCCGGAAAGUUUUCUAAAUUCAGAGGACGGCAACGUCGAGGAGCUUGGUUUCUCGGGUCAUUUGAAUUCUCGGGUCGUAAGAAACGAGAAUCCCAAGCGGAAAAAGAAGAAGAAGAAGAAGAAGAAGAAUUCAGUUCCGGUGAACAUCCCGGAAAAUGUUUCCGGGAAAAAUUCUUGGUUUCAGUUGGAAUCGGAUUUCUUUGAGGAUGAUGAGGAGGUGAUUGUGCCGCCGCAUGUGGUGGUGGGUCGGCGGAUUUUCGCCGGAAAAAUGGCUUUCUCGGUGUGUACUGGAAAUGGGAGGACUUUGAAGGGGAGGGAUUUGAGUGAAGUCAGGAAUACAAUUCUCAGGAUGACUGGUUUCUUGGAAACGUGAUUCCUCCCUUCCAUUCUGAUUGGAUUACAUUUUAGAGUAGAAGAAGAAAAGAAAGUGCAGGAAAAUUUGUAUCAUUGUUUUAUAAUGUGAAUAUUUUUCGCACAUUGUUACAUUAAUCGAAUUUUUGAAUUCUCAUUCAUUGUAAUAAAAAAUGAAAAUUUGGGAAUUCAACAAAAAAAAAAAA